UAUUGCACUUAAAGUGGUAAAUGUAUAGUUUAGGUCCCCCAACCAAAGAGGCUUCAAAAAUGAAAUUUUUUUUUAAAUCGUCUUAUUCUGACGCGAAUAUCACAAAUCCGUGAGCGGAAAGUGAAUUUUUUCAACAUUUAUAUUUAUAAAAGCCCGGGUGGCGCGCUUUGUGUUAUUUUCUAUAAUAGCUCGCUGCUACGCGAUUCAGCAUUCAUUUUCAUUUUAAAAAUCUUUCCAUGGUUGCAACACUGCUCAGUUUCAAACGAAUAUUUACAAUGUAUUAUUUGAAUGUUAUUACCCCUUUUUUUAUGUAAUAGGCAUAUGUGUAUGCAAAUGUGCAUACCAUAUAAUGAUAAUGAACGACAAAAGAGUCCGUGUCUGAACGCAGUCUGUGCAGCUGAUAUUUCUUAUAGAUCUCACAGCUGACAGUUGUCAUUUCAUGUACUGGAUAGAAACUAACCAAGACUCCUUCUUUCUGUACAGUUUACCAGAACUUAACUGACAGAUGGUUGCUAACUAGAUAUUGAGAAUACGGUUUUUAGUUGGAGAGGAGUUAAGUUCAGUACAUCACUUGUUUGAAAUUUCUGCUGAGAUUUUCCCAGUUGUUACAUCUUUCUUUGAUGUUAUUCCCAUUGAUUGAACGUCUAAGGCGUCUUCUCUAUCGUUUCCAUAAAUAUAUUUUGUCAGAAAAAGUUAUUACUUUGCACAAAGUCAUUACACAUAUUUUGUUAGAAAUAAUACAAUAUGAACUUGAGGACAAAUUAAGGUAGAUAAUUUCAGGAAAUAGUACUUGUAAAUAUAACAUAAAGUUUACAAAUAUCAUCAGCUAUAUACAUAUUGCUAUAUAAUGCUUUUCAACAUUGAAGACAUUGUGUAAUGUUUCAUUAUAUUCUUUAGUGUGGUUGUAAUUAUUUUACAAUCGAUUUUGAUAAGCAUUUAAUGGUAUCGACUGGUAAUCACAGCUGAUUUACCCAAUAUCGUUUUUAUUAUAUCUCUGGUUUUUAUAUACAAGUGAUCGCAGUAGUCAUCCUUCGGGUUGCUGAACUUAAUUAAUAAAUAAGAUAACAUUUGUGAAUAAAAUAUGAAAGUUUUAACCGCAAAUGAAAUCCGCGAGGCCUUUCUGGGCUUCUUUAAAGAGAAGGAUCAUCUUUACGUUCAUUCAUCUAGUACAAUACCAUUAGAUGAUCCCACUUUACUAUUCGCUAACGCUGGAAUGAACCAGUUCAAACCAAUAUUUUUGGGUACCGCAGAUCCCAAUAGUGAAAUGGCAAAAUGGGUUCGUACCACAAAUACCCAAAAGUGUAUAAGAGCCGGUGGCAAACACAACGAUUUGGACGAUGUGGGCAAAGAUGUGUACCACCACACAUUUUUUGAAAUGCUUGGAAAUUGGUCAUUUGGAGAUUAUUUUAAAAAAGAAAUAUGCACAUGGGCUUGGGAAUUCUUAACGGAACGUAUGAAACUGCCGAAGGAUCGUUUAUAUGUUACCUACUUCGGUGGAGAUAAGGCUGCUGGGCUUGCCCCCGAUCUUGAAUGCAAGCAAAUUUGGUUAGAUCUUGGACUCUGCCCCGAGCAUAUCUUACCAGGCAGUAUGAAAGAUAACUUUUGGGAAAUGGGAGAAACUGGACCAUGCGGACCUUGCUCCGAAUUGCAUUUUGAUAGAAUUGGUGGACGUAGUGUACCCGAACUCGUAAAUGUUGAUGACCCAGAUGUUCUAGAAAUCUGGAACUUGGUGUUUAUACAAUAUAAUCGUGAGGCCGACGGUAGCCUGAAACCACUACCUAAGAAGCAUAUCGAUUGUGGUAUGGGUUUCGAGAGAUUAGUGUCUGUGAUUCAAAAUAAAAGAUCCAACUACGAUACUGAUUUAUUCGUACCGCUCUUUAAUGCCAUACAAGAGGGUACAGGUGCACCAGAAUAUGCAGGUCGUGUGGGUGCAGAAGAUGUGGAAGGUAUAGACAUGGCAUACCGCGUGCUAGCAGAUCAUGCUAGAACAAUAACUAUUGCACUCGCUGAUGGUGGUACACCUGAUAAUACCGGAAGAGGAUAUGUACUUAGACGUAUCCUUCGCCGUGCUGUAAGGUAUGCUACUGAGAAACUAAAUGCCAAGCCCGGCUUCUUUGGGUCACUAGUUCACACUGUGGUGGAUUUACUGGGAGAUGCAUUUCCCGAAGUACGAAAAAAUCCUCAGCAGAUAAUUGAUAUAAUUAACGAGGAGGAAGCACAGUUUUUGAAAACCCUGUCGCGCGGCCGAGAUCUUUUCAAUCGUACGGUAGCUAAAUUAAGUAACCAAAGUGUAAUUCCUGGCGAUUUGGCCUGGAAGUUAUAUGACACAUAUGGAUUCCCGGUUGAUUUGACUCAGUUAAUGGCUGAAGAAAAAAAUCUUCAAAUCAAUAUGGAAGAGUAUGAGCAAGCGAAACAAGCUGCAUACAUUAUGUCACAAGGGAAGAGCACUACCAAGACUGAUGAAAUCGAUCUAGAUGUACAUGCCAUUUCCGAGUUACAAUUUAAAUCCAUAAAAAUCACAAAUGAUUCCUUUAAAUACAAAUAUGAAGCUGAAUCCGAAAAUUUGGCUUCACCUUACAAAUUUAAUUCAUGCACUGCUAAAAUAGUUGCAUUACGUUUCGGAAACCAGUUCGUAAAUAAGAUAGAAGCUGGUAGUAAGGCGGGUGUCAUUUUAGACCAAACAAAUUUUUAUGCAGAAAGUGGUGGCCAAAUUUAUGACAAGGGGUUAUUUGUAAAACCUAACAAUGUCGAUGAUAAAUUCAUUGUUGAUGCUGUUUAUAACCGCGGCGGUUACAUCCUACAUAUUGGAGUAGCUGAUGGAGAGUUCACUAUAGGCGAUGAAAUCGAACUUAAAAUCGAUAUUGAGCGGCGUUGGUUGACCAUGAAAAACCAUUCUGCCACUCAUGCUCUGAAUCAUAGCUUACUUCAAGUUCUAGGUAAAGAGACUGAUCAGAAAGGAUCAUUGGUUGUGCCAGAUAAAUUACGCUUUGAUUUCAGCAGCAAAUCUGCUAUGACAAUCGAGCAGGUCGCAAAGACAGAACUGUUAACACGCGAUAUUGUGUAUAAAAAUGUACCUAUAUACGCAAAAGAAACAAAGUUAGCCAAUGCAAAGAAGAUCCGUGGACUUCGUUCUGUUUUCGAUGAGGUUUAUCCAGACCCUGUGCGUGUUAUAUCGUUUGGGGUGCCUGUUGAAGAACUUGAAAAUAAUCUCGACAGCGAUGCCGGAGAGAAAACAUCAGUAGAAUUUUGUGGCGGUACGCAUUUACAACGUUCGGGUCAUAUGAUGGAAUUUGUAAUUACUAGCGAGGAAGCAAUCGCUAAGGGCAUUCGGCGUAUCGUGGCUCUUACUGGUCCUGAAGCAGUAAAAGCUUUAGAAAAAUAUGAUCAACUUCAUAAGAAAAUACAAAGAUUAAAAACUACAAUUGAAGAUGAUAAAGAUGGCAAGAAUUCGAAGAACUAUGUGAGACAAAUUGUCGAAUUGACCGAGGAGGUCUCUCAAGCUAUCAUACCGUAUGUGAAGAAAGAUGAAAUGCGCAACCUGCUAAAGCAAUUCAAAAAGACACUCGACGACAAAGAGCGGAUAUUAAAAGCAGCUGUUUCUGUGACAGUAAUUGAGAAAACAAAGGAGAUUUGUCAAGAAAACCCCAAAGCCACAUUGUUAGUAAAGCAAUUUGAGGCUUACAACAAUACUAAAGCACUAGAUGGUGCCUUGAAGCAAGUUCGUGCCUUAUGUCCUGACGCUGCUGCAUUAUUUUUAUCAGUUGAUCCCGAUUCGAAGAAAAUAUUCUGUUUGGCCUCUGUGCCAAAGAGUGCUGUGGAUAAAGGGCUCAAAGCCAAUGAAUGGGUGCAGCAGUUGUGUGAGAUUAUCGGUGGAAAAGGUGGUGGAAAACCUGAAUCUGCUCAAGCUUCUGGCACAAAUUACGAAAAAGUGGAUGAGGUCAUACGUGUAGCUACAGAAUUUGCAAAACUCAAAGUUGGUGCUUAAUAAAGUUAACAAGUUAAAAUUGUUUAUAUUAAUUUAUUUAAAUAUUUAAUUUUUUGGCCUCUUUUGCAUUUAAUAAAAAAUAUGCUAUUUCUUAUACAAACAUACAAAAAAAAAACA